CUCCCGGCCAGUGAGGGAGUAGCAGCCAGCGCGGUAAUAGCAGUGGUAAGAGUCGCUGUUGUGGGAGUUGCCAGCUGGGUUCACAGGUCUGCAGGAACCACCACCCGCAGGAGUUGAGGCGGGGGAGGGUGGAGGCAGUCCCUGUGUAGCAUGGACAGCAAGAGAACAGGCAUCAAGAGGAAACACGGCACAAAAUCAAUUCCCAGACCCAUCGGCGGGAACAACACAGAGUCAAGCGAGGGCGUGACCAAACUCCAGAAGCACGUGACCACUAGUAACGUCGCCAGUCAGACGCAGCCGGCGAUCAUUAUGAAAGACGGGGGCCUGGACGCCGACACUCUGAUGGAGGUCAUGGCAGUUCACCCAUACAACAAAAGGGACCCCACCCGCUUCGACUCCGCCUUCGAGAGUGCUGAGAUGGAUGCCAAGGGGGACGCGGGCAAGCAGGAAGUGAUUGGGGUCCUGGGCAGCGGGGACUAUGGCAGGGCGAUUGCAGGGAAGAUCGCUCAGUCUGGCUACACUGUCCUCAUUGGCUCCCGUGAUCCAGGCAAUCCACAGAUACAGGAUCUGGUGCGUGCUAAGCCAGGAUGCCGCCUUGUCACGCAAGAGGAGGCGGCGAAAGCAGAUAUGGUGGUGGUGGCUGUUGGCGCCGACCAUUACCACCGCCUGCCCCUUGGUAUGCUCAAGCACAAAGUGGUCAUUGACGUGGCCAACUUUACUGCCCCACCGUCCCCUCAUCAGCCAAGCAACGCCGAAAUGCUGCAGCAGAUGAUCCCGCAAGCACAAGUAGUCAAGAGCUUCAACGUGCUGUCAGCCUAUGCUCUCGAGAACAACGUGCAGCAGCAGGCUAAGCAGGUGCCCGUGGCGUCGGACUGGCCCGAGGCAAGACGCCGUGUCUUGGAACUCGUGAAGCAGAUGGGUUACUCCCCGGUCGACAAAGGGCCGCUCAAAUUCGCCCGAGACAUCGAGGCCAUUCCUCUACAGUUGAUGCCAUCGUGGAGGAAGCCAAUGAUGGUUAUUGGCAGCCUGUUUGUUUUCCACUACCUUUUGUUACUCUUCAAGUAUCAGGUGUGUGGCAGCAUCCAGUCAGGGGAGUCCUGGAGGCAGAAAACACUAAAGAAUUUGGCGCUCCUCAAUCUGAAUCGAUCCAUCGCCAUCACCGCCCUCUGGUCCCUCACACUUUGCUAUCUUCCAGGCGUGAUAGCGUCUUACCUGCAGCUGGCCUGGGGCACCAAGUACCGGCGGUUCCCCUCAUGGCUCGACACGUGGCUCAAGAUGAGGAAGCAGAUGGGGCUCCUCAUGCUGUGGCUGGCUGCUAUGCAUAUGUGCUUGGGCGUGGCCGUGUGGUCGGGAACUUACGACCCUCUGGUGUGGGAGCCGCCCUUUGUAGCAUCGUUGGACGUGCGAGUGAACAGCACCACCCUAGUCACUCAGGAGAUCCCUAUCUACAGCAACAGAAUGAGCCUACGGGGAGAACUGUUCCUCACCUUCGGAACCUUGUCGAUGUUCAUUACCUUCAUCGUCGGAGUCUCGUCUCUGCCUUCCGUUGGAGCCACCCUCACUUGGCGUGAGUUUAAUUUCAUCCAGAGCAAGCUAGGAUGGGUGGCACUGCUUACUGCCGUGAUGCACGACGGCCUGCUGGGUUGGGGCUUCUCCGCCGACGACUACGCUGUGUGUUCACUCCCUUCUGGCGCCCAGUAUGCCCUCAUCUUCCCCUUGGCGACUGUGGUGCUGAAGCUGCCGUUGGUGCUGCCCUGUGUGGACGGUCCCUUGCAGAAGAUACGCCGUGGUUAUGACAGGGAAAAGAGACCGUCCGCUGUGCACCCGCUUACGCACGUUACCUCUUACGACAUGGCCAGGAGAGCCAGAGACGACCGCACCGGCUUAUGGCACGUUCUUCCCGCGGAGGAUCGCCCACGUGUCAUUCACGCAUAACAAAAGCAACAACGCACUACUAAUACAGGGAAGAACAAGUCUGCGUGUACUCACAACUCUGCUGACAAAUGUCAACUAAUAAAUAUACUCUAUAUAUUUGGUACAAAAUAAUGAUGCUAGCCAUGAACCUUUGAAAGAAGCUUUUUUGGCUGAGCGUUGACUGGGCGACGCAGUGACAAGCAGGUGACUGUUGGACAGUGUUCACUGCAAAGCCCGUAUCCGUCAGGUAUUGAAUGACAUGUUUUUAUUUCCACUUCGAAUUCCGUGAAGAGAUCCGUGUAUUACAGACCGCGGUAUCCUCUUAAUUGUCAAGGCCUGCGGGUGAUGCACAGCUGGCGACCUUCACUCCAAGAUGCUGGACUCAUCGUGGGUGUUGUUGGUUUGGCUACUCCUAUCUUCUAUUUUGUUGUCAUGUCCUUGGUGGCACUCACCUGCGUGUGAUUAUUACUAAGGGUGUCCUUCGAUACUAUUUGUCCUUGUAUUCUUGGUAUCCUUGUGGGUAAAUUUAUCCCAACCAAGAAAUGUGAGGGAGAUGAAACAAGCAUUUAGUGAUGGUAUUUUGUAAUGUUUACAUUCGCAUUAUAAAUCGAAAAAAAAAAAAAUUACUUUUAUAGUAAGCAUGUGACAUUCUAGGCUGGUGUUAUAUAUCUAUAUAUUCAGUGUUCCAUAUUUUCUAUAUAUUAGGUGUUAUAUUUUUUCACAGCACUUUCCUUUAUCAGCAGUAAUGUUAUAUAUCUGAGAAAAAAAAAAACAAAUCAGGUGAUUUAUGAACAGCGUGUUGGUAAUGACGUAAUUUUUACUGUGUACCCUGUCAGUCCCUCGGUAUUGUAUCUGGGUGAGUUACUGUUAUAGGUAACUCCUUGCUGAUCCUACUUGUGGGUACCACACGUAGUGUAUAUAACGUGUGCAUCGUCAGAGGCAGCCCACGCAAGGUUUUAUGCUAAGUGAAUUGCGUAUUUCCUAAAUAUUGACUGACUUUGUUGACCCACCCAUAAGUUAAUGAAGUAUUGCCAUCAUUUAUCACCAUCCUUCCUCCACUUACUGUGAUAUUACAUGUAGUAGCAUCUUUUCCUUCGUCAACAUAAAUCAAUAAUCGGUGUACUGUUUACCGUGAGGGAUCCUUAUUAUCCUUACAAGGCAAUAGCGAUUAGUUAUCGCACUUCUCUCAGUGUUGUCUAGUAAAACUACGACACCUG